GGUGAGAAGAAAGUGCGAAUGACUGUGAAGGUCCAUUAUAACGAACGUUCCUGCCGUUUAUUCCUCGAUAGGUACUCUUAUCUAACAUCCCAACUCUAAGGACAAAUUAAAAUCCCUCUCAAUUCUUAUAACCUACCUUUGUUAUCAUCCGCUUCGAUCAUAGGUUGUGUGUGUUACGCCAACCUUCGCGCUCAUUAAGUUGACCUUAAGUCCGCGCCACCUAGGUGCUUUAUUACUUAUGUUAUUUGUUAGUUCGUUAGACACUUCAAGCUUUCCCAACGGCGACCAUGGCGAUCCCGAUCUUUUCUUGGAUCAAGUAUGCUGUGGAGAAGAUAUCGAGAUAUUUCUACACAGAACCAAAACAGGAGACAGAGCCGGGGGUAACCCGAGAAUCGGAGGUGGAUCUCGAACCCGAGACUUCACCACGACUUAUAGAUGAUCCUCCGUUGUUCCCUCUUUUCUCAGCAUUACCUGUAGAACUCCAACUGAUGAUUUGGGAGGCUGCGUCGGAACUCCAUGAAGCAGGAAUAUGCAUUCCUACAGUCAAUCCAGAGUAUCGUGGCCUUUCUCUGGGCGUAUGGCUUGGGUUGGGUUUUGACAUACGCAGAGCUUCUGAACACCAAGAGUGGCUGAACGAUAUAGUAGGCCCUCUCGUGGUAAACUGCAAGCUACCUCCUAUUUUCCACGUAUGCAAACAAUCUCGAGAUAUCGCCCGCAGAAACAUUGAUCAUCAUGAAGACGAUAUCGGGGCAUGUUACGGCGCAUUUCGAAUAUACGAUCCGGAGAAGGACAUUUUUUUCGUAACUUAUGACUUUUUUGAGGCCUUUCGCGUCUUCUUCUUCUGGGACGUGAGCAGAGAGAUCAAACAUAUCGGAAUCGAACCCCCAACGAGUCGUUCGACCUGGCUCUAUUAUUUUUUGUCAUGCUGGAACCAUUCCGUCGCUCGAUGCAAAACCCCGAAGGUCACAAUCAUAUAUAUGGAUCGUUUCGACUUCGGCGACGAGGUUUUAAGACCGGUAUUUCGAGUCCGAAAAUUGUUUACCACCGGAAAGGAGAUCAUGGCAUGCUUGCUUCGAGGUUGGUACUUGGAUUACGCAGGCAGCAAUGAUCAAGCGUCGGUCCUAUCACAAGAUAUGGUAGUAAUCAAAGAUCCGUUUGAGGUCACAUUUGGGAUGUUGAUGCAAACUGGAAGCGAGCCCCUACCGAUUAAGAUGGAUUAAGAUGGUUAUAAUUUGAUUUCAUGAUAGCGUUGACAUGGUUGCGAAUAGGAAUAUUUUUGAGGGGACCUAGCGAAUAUUGAGCCGCUGAU